AUGGCAAUUAUGAAAAUGAAUAUAGUUGGCGGUUUUGCGAGGCCAAGUGCAACGCCAACAAUCGAGAGGAAACUAGAAAGUGUAGAUCAUAUUAGGCUGCCGGAAAGUGUACGGAAAUCGAGAGUUCUGAUAGUCGGCGGCGCUGGAGUUGCUGGCCGGAACACCGCCGCUGCACUCACUAAAUUCUGUCCUGAUCUUCAUAUUGUCAUCGCCGGCCGUAACAGGGAAAAAGGUGGUCGAGUUGUAGCAACGUUGGGUGAUAACUCGGAGUUUGCUCAAGUCGACAUUGAAGAUGUCAAUUCUUUACACGCAGCGAUGACUGAUGUGGACGUUGUUGUUCAUGCAGCAGGCCCGUUUGAAUACGCAGACUGUAAUGUUUUAGAAGCCGCAAUCCAGACCAAGACAGCAUACAUCGACGUCUGUGACCAUGAAGGAUAUUCAAGGCGUGCAAAGUCCUACAAGAACAAGGCAAUGGCUGCAGGCGUUCCCGCCAUUACAAACGGUGGAUUCAAUCCAGGAGUGAGCAAUUUGAUGGCAGCAAUGCUUGUCGAUGAUGCAAAGAGUGAAAGCAGAGGCCGCCCUGAGAAGCUGAGAUUCAACUAUUUCACCGCUGGCAGUGGCGGCACGGGUCCAGGAGUUCUGGGCACAACCUUUUAUCUAAUGGCAGACGAGGCGGUUACAUACCAUAAAGGAGCAAAAGUGAAGUCGAAACCUUACACCGAUAUGCUCAACACUGACUUUGGAGAAGGGAUUGGCAAGAAGGAGGUUUUUCUUUUGAAUGUACCAGAGGUGGCAAGUGCUCACGAGGUUUUUGGAGUACCGAAUAUCAGUCUCCGCUUUGGAACUGCCCCAUUCUUCCCCAAUUGGACUCUUUCAGCUAUGAUCAAAAUCCUGCCUACUGAAAUUCUGAAGAACAAAAACAUAGUUCAGAUGUUGGUGCAACUAUCUUAUCCAAUGAUUCGCGCGGUGGAUGUAAUAUCUGGGGAGAACGCUUCAAUAAAGAUCAUUUUGCAGAGGAAAAGAGAUGAAGGCUACUACUAA